AUGCUCGGCAUGACGGAAGAACUUGUGGAGUCCAGCAUUUCCAUCAACAAGGACAAACUACUUUUUUGCGGCACGAUUCUUGGGCUUGUACUGCUGGUGCUGAGCAAGCCUCAGCGUCAGAGGUGGGUGUCCCUUCUUGUCGAGCUGCUGAUGGACGAGGACUUUCCCAAACAGCCAGUGAUCUGGCGGUUGAGGCUGCUCUGGCUUGCUGAUGAUGACCCCUUGCGAACCUACGCGGCAGUACGCCAGCAGCUGCGGCUUUAUGCGAAGUCCGCCUCGAAGUGGGAGACUGAUGUUAAGCUUCUCACCGACUGCAGCUGCUGCUGA